AUGAAUUUGAUAAAUAUUGCGAAACAUCUUCUCUAUUUAACACAAUUAGAAUUUUCCUCUGAAGACUCACCAACAAGUGCUGAUGAAAUUUUUGCUUCACAACAAUUAUUCGAGAUUUUAAAGACAUUUAAAGAUGGUUACUUUCAUGAAUUAUAUACUUAUCAAAGUCUCGAUUUUCAUGAUGAAUAUAAUGAAACUACGGAUGAAGAAGACAGUACUGAUGAAAAAGAAUCAACUCAUGAUGAAAAUAUUGGUGACUAUGAUGAAAAUGAAUUAUUAGAGAUUCAGACUUAUUUUACAUUAGAAGAGAUGGAAAAGAUAGUGGAAUUGGUUGAUGAACAUCCAAAUUAUAAAUUUGCAUCUAUCAAGAAUAGAUCUCGAAAAGUCAAAUACAUGCAUUAUAUUACAAGAUUUAGAGAAUACAUUAAGAAGAAUGGUACAAGAUUAGAAAAAGUAAAAAGCAUCAACGAAUUUAUGUGGAAUCAAUUUUAUAUGAAAAGAGCAAUUGAAAAGGAAGCAAUUCAUGAUAUUGAUUUAGAACUUUUUGCAAUCCAAAAAGCAAGAGAACUAAAUUGGGAAAAUUUCAAAGCAAGUAACACAUUUAUCAAGGACUUCAAGAAAGAACAUGGAAUAUCAUGA